AUGUCGUCCGCACCCACAAUCGUCGUCCUAGGCAGCACAAGCGGUCAAGGCCGCGGCGUCGUACGCGCUAUUCUUUCUCAUCCUUCCCUUGCGCACUACCACGUCGUUGGUGUGACCCGCGACGUCGACAGUUCCACCGCAAAAGCACUCCUCAAUGCGCACAAAGACUCUGGCGACCGCUUACGUCUCGUCUCAGCCGAUAUCUACGAUCGAGAAAGUCUCCUGAAAGCGUUCACGGGUGCAUAUGGCGUCUUUGCAGUGACAAGCGACAACAUCCCCGGGAAGAGCGCGGAGACUGAGGAAGACCUGAAGCACCAGCUUGAGGCUGGGAAGAACAUUGUUGCAGCCGCGAAGGAGGCGGCAAUCGAGCACUUCGUAUUUACCUCUCUACCUGAUGUUGCGAAAGCGAGUGGUGGGAAGUACAGCAAGGUGUUCCAUUUUGACUUCAAGGCCCAGAUUGACGAGUUAGCGAGGAAGGAGCUCAAGAAUGUGACUACUUUGUUGCCUGGGUACUUCUUCACCAACCUCAAUUGGCCGUGGUAUUGCCGUCGCGAUGGGGAGGUCGUGCGUUUUUGCGCUCCGAUGUCAAAGGAUACAGAGUGUGAAUGGGCCGACGCUGACUAUGAUGUUGGUGUCUUCGCUGCUGCCGCGUUGGCCGCCGGCCCAACGAAGACCCGCAACAAAGUCUACCCCAUCGGUCGGAAAUACAGCCUCGCGCAGCUUGCGUCAAUCCUCGAGAAACUAUCGGUCAAGACUGAAGUGCGGCCGUCGACAUUGGAAGAAUGGGAAGAUGCCACUGUUGCGAUAGUUGGACCCGGCUGGCGGGUAGAUCUAAGACAGAUGAUGGAGUGGACGGAGCGAUGCCGAAGGAGAAGAUAG